AUGGCGGACCGGGACCCGGUGCCGCUUCCUGCGGAGGUGAGGGCUAAACUGGCCGAGCUGGAGCUGGAGUUGUCGGAGGGUGAUAUCACACAGAAGGGCUAUGAGAAGAAGCGAUCCAAGCUGAUUGGAGCCUAUUUCCCUCAAGCACCAGGAAUGGAUCCGUCCAUGGGCCAGGAGAGGAGAACACCCGUCACCCCGUCCUCGUCCUCCCGCUACCACCGCCGGCGGUCCUCUGGCUCCAGAGACGAACGCUACAGAUCAGAUGUGCACACAGAGGCCGUGCAGGCGGCCCUGGCCAAGCACAAAGAGAGGAAGAUGGCCGUGCCUAUGCCUUCGAAGCGGCGUUCGCUGGUGGUCCAGACCUCCAUGGAUGCCUACACACCACCAGACACCUCUUCCGGCUCGGAGGGUGAGGGAGGAGGCGGUGGUGGCACCUCGUCCAGCCGAGAGGGGAGCAUCAGCAUGGAGCACUGGAUCAGCCGCGCCAUCCACGGCACCUCCUCCACCACGACCACCACCUCCUCCACGGCCUCGUCCUCCUCUUCCUCCACGCGGAGCGGGGGCAGCGGGGCGGCCGGCGGCAGGUUGGCUGAUGUCCUGGCACAACACGUCCACAUCUCCGCCCACCACCACCUCCAGAACCACUCUGCCCCUCCAGAUGUCACCGGUUACACCAACAACACCGCCAACACCACCGCCACUGAUGGGAUCCAGGUGGAGAGAGCCCCGGGCGCCGGCACCGUGGCCCAGAGACAGACGCCCAAGUACGGCAACGCCGAGCUGAUGGAGACCGGAGACGGUGUUCCCGUCAGCAGCAGAGUUUCAGCCAAAAUCCAGCAGCUCGUCAACACCCUGAAGAGACCCAAACGGCCGCCGCUAAGAGAGUUUUUUGUGGACGACUUUGAAGAGCUGCUGGAGGUCCAGCAGCCAGACCCCAACCAGCCCAAGGCCGAGGGGGCCCAGAUGGUGGUCAUGCGGGGCGAGCAGCUUGGUGUAGUAACCAACUGGCCCCCGUCCCUGGAGGCGGCCCUGCAGAGGUGGGGCACCAUCUCCCCGAAGGCCCCCUGUCUCACCACCAUGGACACCAACGGCAAGCCGCUCUACGUGCUGACCUACGGCAAACUGUGGUCCAGGAGUGUGAAGGUGGCCUACAACCUGCUGCACAAACUGGGAACCAAACAGGAACCACUUGUCAGGCCUGGAGACCGGGUGGCGCUGGUCUUCCCGAACAACGACCCCGCUGCCUUCAUGACGGCCUUCUACGGCUGCCUGCUGGCUGAGGUCGUCCCUGUGCCAAUAGAAGUCCCACUGACCAGGAAGGAUGCCGGCAGUCAGCAGAUUGGAUUCCUGCUGGGGAGCUGUGGAGUGACGGUGGCUCUGACCAGCGACGCCUGCCACAAAGGGUUACCCAAGAGUCCCACCGGAGAGAUCCCACAGUUCAAAGGCUGGCCCAAGGUGCUGUGGUUCGUAGCAGAGUCCAAACACCUCUCCAAACCGCCCCGAGACUGGUUCCCACAUAUCAAGGACGCCAACCAAGACACUGCCUACAUCGAGUAUAAAACCUGUAAGGACGGCAGCGUUCUCGGCGUGACGGUGAUGAGGAUAUCCAUGCUCACACACUGUCAGGCCCUCACACAGUCCUGCUCAUACACAGAAGCUGAGACCAUAGUGAAUGUAUUAGACUUCAAGAAGGAUGUUGGACUGUGGCACGCCGUCCUGACUAGUGUGAUGAAUAUGAUGCAUGUCAUCAGUAUUCCCUACGCCCUCAUGAAGGUCAACCCUCUGUCCUGGAUCCAGAAAGUCUGCCAGUACAAAGCCAAAGUGGCGUGUGUGAAGUCGCGGGACAUGCACUGGGCUCUGGUGGCCCAUCGGGACCAGCGAGACAUCAACCUGAGCUCCCUGCGCAUGCUGGUUGUGGCUGACGGUUCAAAUCCCUGGUCGAUUUCGUCCUGUGACGCCUUCCUCAACGUCUUCCAGACUAAAGGUUUGAGGCCGGAGGUCAUCUGUCCCUGCGCCAGCUCCCCUGAGGCUCUCACUGUAGCUAUAAGGAGGCCGGUGGAGGAGGGCAGCACCCCUCCUGGUCGUGGCGUGUUGUCCAUGCAGGGUCUGAGUCACGGUGUGAUCCGGGUGGACUCAGAGGAGAAGCUGUCGGUCCUCACGCUGCAGGAUGUCGGCUCUGUGAUGCCCGGAGCUGUGAUGUGCGUGGUGAAGCCAGAGGGCGUCCCUCUGCUCUGUAAAACCGAUGAGAUCGGAGAGUUGUGUGUUUGCUCUGUCGCCACGGGAACCUCCUAUUACGGCCUGGCUGGCAUGACCAAGAACACCUUUGAGGUCUUCCCCAUGUCCAGCAGCGGGGCUCCCGUCAGCGAGUUCCCCUUCACCAGGACCGGCCUGCUGGGUUUCAUCGGACCUGCAGGUCUGAUCUUUGUGGCGGGGAAGAUGGACGGUCUGAUGGUGGUCGGGGGGCGUCGGCAUAACGCUGACGACAUCGUUGCCACGGCGCUUGCUGUGGAGCCCAUGAAGUUUGUCUAUAGGGGCAGGAUAGCAGUGUUCUCCAUCACGGUGCUUCAUGAUGAGAGGAUCGUGGUGGUGGCCGAGCAGCGCCCAGACUCCACCGAGGAGGACAGCUUCCAGUGGAUGAGCCGAGUCCUGCAGGCAAUAGACGGUAUCCACCAGGUGGGGGUGUACUGCCUGGCUCUGGUGCCCUCCAACACUCUGCCCAAGACUCCCCUGGGUGGCAUCCACCUGUCCGAGACCAAGCAGCUCUUCCUGGAGGGGGCGCUGCACCCCUGCAACGUGCUCAUGUGUCCGCACACCUGCGUCACCAACCUGCCCAAACCCCGGCAGAAACAGCCAGAGAUCGGUCCUGCGUCCGUCAUGGUCGGGAAUCUGGUGUCGGGGAAGAGGAUCGCUCAGGCCAGCGGCAGGGAUCUGGGUCAAAUCGAAGACAAUGACCAGGCAAGGAAGUUCCUCUUCCUGUCUGAGGUGUUGCAGUGGAGAGCCCAGACCACCCCAGACCAUGUGCUGUACACACUGCUCAACUCCAGAGGUACGAUAGCCAGCUCUCUGACUUGUGUCCAGCUGCAUAAGAGAGCAGAGAAGAUCGCCGCCAUGCUGGCUGAACGGGGCCACCUGCAGGACGGAGACCAUGUCGCACUGGUCUACCCCCCAGGUAUCGACCUCAUCGUGGCGUUUUACGGCUGCCUUUACGCUGGCUGCGUGCCGAUCACAGUGCGACCACCUCACCUGCAGAACAUCGCCACCACGCUGCCCACCGUCAAGAUGAUCGUAGAGGUGAGCCGCUCGGUGUGUGUGAUGACCACGCAGCUCAUCUCUAAGCUGCUGAGGUCGAAGGAGGCGUCGGCCGCCGUGGACGUCCGGACCUGGCCCCCUGUCAUGGACACAGAUGAUUUGCCAAAGAAGAAACCUCCUCUGUUGUAUAAACCGUCCAACCCCGACACCCUGGCCUACCUGGACUUCAGUGUCUCCACCACCGGCAUGCUCGCUGGAGUCAAGAUGUCUCACACAGCCACCAGUGCCUUCUGCCGCUCCAUCAAGCUGCAGUGUGAGCUUUACCCGUCCAGAGAGGUCGCCAUCUGCCUGGACCCAUACUGUGGCCUGGGCUUCGUCCUCUGGUGCCUUUGCAGUGUGUACUCAGGUCACCAGUCCAUCCUGAUCCCUCCGUCCGAGCUGGAGGUGAACCCGGCUCUGUGGCUGUCCGCUGUCAGUCAGUACAAAGUCCGCGACACUUUCUGCUCCUACAGCGUCAUGGAGCUCUGCACCAAAGGCCUGGGCCUGCAGACCGACUCACUCAAGGCUCGAGGCUUGGACUUGUCUCGGGUGAGGACCUGUGUGGUUGUAGCAGAGGAGCGUCCCAGGAUAGCCCUGACGCAGUCCUUCUCCAAACUCUUCAAGGACCUGGGGCUCCACCCUCGAGCUGUCAGCACUUCCUUCGGCUGCAGGGUCAACCUGGCGAUCUGCCUGCAGCCUCACAGGCUGGGAAAGCUUGCCGACCAGGGGACCUCAGGACCCGACCCCACGACCGUGUACGUUGAUAUGAGAGCGCUGCGGCACGACAGGGUCCGACUAGUAGAGAGGGGGUCACCACACAGCCUUCCACUGAUGGAGUCUGGGAAGAUUUUACCUGGGGUCCGAAUCAUCAUCGCCAACCCAGAGACCAAGGGACCAAUGGGAGAGUCACAUCUGGGAGAGAUCUGGGUGCACAGCGGCCACAACGCCAGCGGCUACUUCACCGUCUACGGAGACGAGGCGCUGCAGUCGGACCACUUCAACUCCAGACUCAGCUUCGGGGACACGCAGACCAUCUGGGCUCGGACCGGAUACCUGGGCUUCCUUCGCAGGACCGAACUCACAGACGCCAGUGGAGAGCGUCAUGACGCCCUGUACGUGGUCGGUGCUCUGGAAGAGGCCAUGGAGCUGAGAGGGAUGCGUUACCACCCCAUUGACAUCGAGACGUCCGUCAUCAGGACGCACAAGAGCAUCACAGAGUGCGCCGUGUUCACGUGGACCAACCUGCUGGUGGUGGUGGUGGAGCUGGACGGCUCGGAGCAGGAGGCCCUGGACCUGGUCCCCCUGGUCACCAACGUGGUGCUGGAGGAGCACUACCUGAUCGUGGGCGUAGUGGUGGUGGUCGACAUCGGCGUCAUCCCCAUCAACUCCCGCGGCGAGAAGCAGCGCAUGCACCUGCGUGACGGCUUCCUGGCCGACCAGCUGGACCCCAUCUACGUGGCUUACAACAUGUAGCCCCCCCCCUCCCCGGUGGAUGAAGGAUUAUUGAGGCUGUCAACUCCUGAGGCCUGAAAAAGAACAACCGGAGUCUGAGGCGGAGUUCCUGGCAUAACGGGAGGAAUUAGUGACUUUUUUGCCCUGAAAUUUGUCUCUCAGGCAAAACUUUAUCCCAGGCUAAGUAUCAAGUGGUUAUAUUUAGGUUAACAUUAGCAUUCAGGCCAUGGUUUCAGUUUGUACUCAGCCUGAGAGGAAGUGCGGCCACCUCCUUCCAGGGCAAGAAAGUAGUCCCCCCCAUCUGUGCCGACUGUUUACUGACAAGAGGCAAUCGUGAGGCAGAAAAGGACAAUCGUUACCGUAGCAAAGAUUCUGGCUUUUAAAACUACAUUUGGCUCAUUCUAUAUUUUCCCAUUAAGUUUUUUUUGUUUGUUUGUUUUUAACAUGUCCUCUGAAAAGUUUAGGCUAUUUUUUUGAAAAGGAUAUUUACACAAAAACAAAACAAACUAUGGCAAAAAUGAUAUUUUAUGUUUUUACGAUAUCAACCAUUACAAAGUGUGAGAUAUGUUUUGAUACGAGGGCGGGGUCUGAGGGGGGCGGAUCGCAGCUGCCCUUAAAUUUUACGAUGAGGUACUAACCAUUUGUUUCAUGUCAGCUUGUUUCUUGUUUUUUCUUUUGUUUUGUAAGCGUAAGUGUUACGUUUUUGUUUUUUGUUUUUUUUUAAUUCAACAUUAUUUCCUGAAGUGUCCGUCCCAUUUCAGCGGGAAAGCAGUGUGCUAACUUUCACAAACUAACAGCUGCAGCCUUUAACUCCGUUUAUUUUUCCGUACAAACGCUUCGACAGAAGCGGAACAAUACAUAAAUUCAUAUCAUGUAAGUAUGUACAAAAAGAAACUGAUUUAAUUUAUUUUGUUUCUCUUUUAGAAGUAUAUGACGAGACGUUCAAGAAUGUUUUGCUCUUGAAUAUUUGCUAAUAUAAAAAAAACAAAAACGCAUUGUAUUAUCAUGAGUGAAACAGAGUCACAACAAGCAUAUUAAGGAAAAUAGAAAUAUAUGAUUAAAAAUUAUAUGAAAAGAUGAGUUAAAGGAUUCAUCCCGGACAGAAGCAGUUUCACACGUGAUGCUUUUUAUCUGCGUGUCGGUCUGAGACGUUGACGUCAGUCAAAAAGAAAUUUGUUAGAUGAACUGAAGAGUUUCAUUCCUACUGAAACAUGAAGAGUUCUGAACCAAAACAUAAACUUUUAUUAGAUUAAAUCUGUAAAAGUUUUGAACCUCAUCCUCCAGAAACAUUAGCAAACAUUGAUAAAUCAUCCCUUAAAAAAAAUGUCAUUUGUGCCUUUAAAUUAUAAAUUAUUCCCUCAGUUCAUUUACUUACAUAUUAAUAAACAUAAAAUUACAUUAUUUGCUCCCUCUGCUCUUUAUUGUGGUAAGACUUUGUCUCACCAGCUAGAAAUUAAUUUAUUUUUUUUUGAUUAUAGAUUUUUGAUGAUUUGAGUUUCAUAGAAGUGACAACAUCCGUAAUAUCAGAGUUUUUGUUUAUAAAGAACCUUUAACUGCUUUUACGGAGCAAUGUUUUUAAGUGGGUCCACAUUUUGCGCGCAGAGACCCGCGGUGAAGACGACUGCUAGUUGGUAAAUGCACGAUUUAAAAUACUUUGCAAAUGUUUUAUGAGGAAGGAUACGCACAAUGGGUACCUUUUAUAAGUUUAAGGGUUGUACAGGACGUUAGCAAGAAUAUUAAUGUUUGAAAUAUCUAUUUUCAUCGGCCAUUAUUAUAUUUUUGUUAAUUAAAGCACCAACUUUUCCACCUCAGCCUUAACUCUGCGCUGCAGUAUAACUAAGUAAUGAUAAUGUCAAACACAGGCUCAGAUGAGAGAUGAGGAUUUGCAGAUUCAAGUCACAAAUACCAGGUUUAAACAUUUUAAACUCUUAUUUCAAAUUCAAUGACACCAUGUUGUUUAACAGCCACAAUCCAAAUUAUAUAAUUGUAUGUCUCUUAGUUCAUGAUCAAACUCAAGUAAUUUUAAAUCCAAGUAAGGCGAUAUUGAUUUGAGGGCAGACAUUAAUUUUGAGGAACAGAUCCCAUAUUUCAAACAUAUGACGUACUGAAUUUGGAAAACUAAAGGCACAUGACUAUUGAAAGGGAUCAUUAACCAAAGCUCUGUAACCUUACAAAAACACAUUAACUGACUGAGGACAUUUGCUGACCUCCAGUGGUGACCAGGGGGACUUACAACAUCUCCCUGGAACAAAUACAAUAUACUGUACAUGUCAAGUUUGUUGAAACUGUAGUUGGUGUUUCUUUCUAAAUCUGUGAGGAUCAGAACUCCUAUGUCAUGUUUAUUAAAGAAUAAACUGGUCUUUAAAAAUGUCAUAAAUAACGCGGUAAAUAGCCAAAACAGCCACUUCUAGUUUCUCUUGGAUGAGAGUCCUCAGUUCAAACAGACCGACGGCAGCACUGGACUAUGUUUUUGUUUUGAACCACCUCCGGCUGGGAAAAGGUGAAUCCUCAUCAAGACCUUCGAGUGCCCCCGACAUGGCAGGUAGGCGAGCGGCCGCCACUAUUGUAAAUAUCAAAGAGUCAGAGGUCCCUCAUAUUUUUUACAUGGACAGAUCAAUCAGGGCUCAUUACAGUGAUGUCACGACAGGAAUAAAGACUGAAACAGGAAGCAGAAGGCUGAAGGCAUUUUAACCUGAGACCCUUUAACCUCAUUACAGAGCAGCGGAGAGGUUGAAGGUCAGAGGAGGAACACAACCUUCAGUCUGUAAGACGUGAGUCGAGGUUGAUGCUUCUGAGAAUGUUCUAGUUUCAACAUGAGGAUUUUUUUUUUUUUUUUUUUUUAAGAAAAAGCACUUUCUUCACCGUUUGUUUCUCUUAUCAGCAAAAUGUU